AUGACACCAGUUCUAAGGGCCAGGCAAAGCUUGCCAAAGGACCGGUUUUCAACGUACUUUGGGAAUUUGCGCAGCCAGCCGUACAACGACCCGAACUCGGCAAGGGGGUUUUCGCAUUCGUUUCGAACCAUUGCGUGGAAUCCGUUGGGGACUUUGGUGGCGACAGGCUCAUCAGACAAGACGCUGCGAGUCUGGAACCCUGAAAAACCUCAUGUCAAGUUUUCCACGGAACUCAAGGGUCACAAUGCUUCCGUGGAGAAGGUUGCCUUCAACCCAACAAAGGACGCGGAGCUGUGUAGCGUGAGCGCUGAUGGAGUGGUCAAGUUCUGGGAUGUGCGGACCAAAGCCUGCUUCAACGAGGUUAAGGGCUUGGGGGAAGCGUUGAGUUUGGCCUGGGCGCCCGACGGGGAAACACUGGUUGUUGGGAACAAGACUGACAGCAUAUUCGUCCUGUCGCCCAGACAAUCUACCCAUCUUGCCAUCCACCAGCAAAAUGUUCCAACCAACCAAAUCACGUUUUGCUAUAGCGGCACCAAAGUAUUCGUCACUACCUCGGAAGGCAAGAUUCGCAUCCUCUCCUAUCCGAGCUUCAAGCCAGCUCUCAGCGUUCAACAUGGCGAAGAGGAGCAAGAGUUCAUGCUCAACGGACACACGUCGUCGUGCCUUACGGCGGAGAUGCAACCAACGGCGAGGUAUUUGGCUACAGGGGGCUCAGAUUCCAUCAUUGCCUUGUGGGACACGAACGACUGGUUGUGUCAGCGUACGCUGACAAGAAUGACGGGGCCGGUGAGGAGUAUCAGCUUUACGUUUGACGGGAGCUACAUUGUUGGCGGCAGUGACGAAGGCAAUGGAUUGGAAGUAUCGCAUGUGGAGACAGGAGAGCAUGUUCAUACGUUCAAAACGGCGGGAUCGUGCCCAGUUGUAGCGUGGGCUCCAACCAGAUAUUGCUUGGCGUAUAGUGAUUUAGGGAUUCUUCGCAUCGUGGGAGUGGAUGUGGAUAGAAAGUGA